UUAUCAAAUCAAAUCAAAGCAACCCGUCGCACGUUUAGGCUUUUGUUUACAUCGUGUUAUGUAAAAAAAAGUAAUAUUUUUAUUCAGUUUCUAGUCAGAUCGUUUAGAGAAGUAAAAAUCAAAUCGAUGGAAAAUACGGACAAUCUAUCGCCCACGGUUCAGCGUCCAGUUCUGACCGAGGAGGAACGUAAGUUCCGCUUCCGAGCUGCCGCUUUCCUAGCCGGAGUAGCCGGCGCAUCGGCCUUGGCCGGUUUCAGUAAAACCCUGAUGUCGGCCAAAAAAUCCGAUCCGCAGUUUUUCGAGAAGGGCAUCCAGGGCAGCAUCGUGAUGCAGGAAACCGGAGCCAGCUUGGCUAUGAGGGCACUCGGAUGGGGGACGCUGUAUGCCGUUCUCGGGACCGGUGCCAUUUGCUUCGGAGUUUGGAAGAUGACCGGUGCUACGAACAUGAAAGAAUUCCGCGAAUCUAUGGGGAGCAUUCUGCCGCGAAUACCGAAAAACGAUCCUCCCCGCAGCAGAACCGAAUUCGAGGGACUGACCGAUCUGAUGCAGUAUCUCUCCACGUGGGGGCAGGAGGACAAAUAAUUGUUUAAGGGCGCUAAGUUGCCUUUAUUUAGAUUUACUCAUAGUUUUAAAAACAUUUGAAAUAAGAAAGAAGC